CGUCCAUCGCAGAAAAAGGGGUGAUCAGGAGCCAGGUGUUGGGGUUAGAGAUCAAUCCGCUCAUCUUUCUCCACCGGAGUCUUUUAUCUCUGCUCUGCACCGGCCCGUGGUCCCAGCUGACUCCAUGGCGGCGCUGCUGUGUUUAGGAGGUUUGGUGGUUCUGCUGGCGCUGUGGGUUAGGGUCAGGGGUCUGGAUUACGUGCUCGUUCACCAGAGGUGGAUAUUCGUCUGCCUGUUCCUGCUGCCGCUCUCCGUCGUGUUUGACGUGUAUUAUUAUGUGAGAGCGUGGCUGAUUUUUAAGAUGUGUUCAGCGCCUAAAUUACACGACCAGCGUGUCCGGGACAUCCAGAGACAGGUACGUGAGUGGAAGAAGGAGGGAAGUAAGAGCUUCAUGUGUACAGGUCGCCCCGGCUGGCUCACCGUGUCCCUCAGAGUGGGAAAGUACAAGAAAACCCAUAAGAACAUCAUGAUCAAUAUGAUGGACAUUCUAGAGGUGGACACGAAGAGACAGGUGGUGAGAGUGGAGCCGCUCGCUAACAUGGGUCAAGUGACGGCUCUCCUCAACUCCAUAGGCUGGACCCUGCCGGUGCUGCCGGAGCUUGACGACCUCACUGUGGGUGGGCUGGUGAUGGGCACGGGCAUCGAGUCUUCCUCCCACAUUUAUGGGCUGUUUCAGCACAUCUGUGUGGCGUUCGAGCUGGUUCUGGCUGAUGGGAGUUUAGUGCGCUGCACAGAGGACGAGAACUCUGAUCUGUUCCACGCCGUCCCGUGGUCCUGUGGAACUCUGGGAUUUCUAGUUGCAGCCGAGAUCAAAAUAAUCCCAGCUAAAGCCUGGGUGAAGCUGCGCUACGAGCCUGUCAGGGGCCUGGAGAACAUCUGCAAACGCUUCACGGAGGCAUCGCAGAACAAGCAGAACGCCUUUGUGGAGGGUCUCCAGUACAGUCUGGAUUCUGCUGUGAUUAUGACGGGAACCAUGACUGAUCACGCAGAGCCCAACAAGGUUAACAGAAUAGGUCUGCACUUUAAACCCUGGUUCUUUAAACACGUGGAGAGUUACCUGAGUGGAGACUACACGGGAGUGGAAUACAUCCCUCUGAGGCAGUACUACCACAGACACACACGCAGCAUCUUCUGGGAGCUUCAGGACAUUAUUCCAUUUGGCAACAAUCCUGUGUUCCGCUGGCUGUUUGGAUGGAUGGUCCCUCCAAAGAUCUCUCUGCUGAAGCUCACCCAGGGAGAGACCAUUAGACGUCUGUAUGAGCAGCACCACGUGGUCCAGGACAUGCUGAUCCCUAUGAAGCAUCUACAGGCUGCCAUCAUGCAGUUCCACCAGGAAAUCAGUGUCUACCCACUGUGGCUUUGCCCGUUCCUGUUGCAGCCAGGCAGAGGGAUGGUUCAUCCCAAAGGCCAGCAGGAGGAGCUGUAUGUGGAUAUCGGCAGUUACGGGGAGCCCAGAGUCAAACAUUUUGAAGCUAAAGCGUCCACACGACGGCUGGAGAAGUUUGUCAGAGAUGUGCAUGGGUUCCAGAUGCUGUAUGCAGAUGUGUACAUGGAUCGGGAGGAGUUUUGGGAGAUGUUUGAUGGACGGCUAUACCACAGGCUGAGGGAGGAGCUGGGAUGUAAGGAAGCUUUCCCUGAGGUUUAUGACAAAAUCUGUAAAUCUGCCCGCCACUGACCCUUGUCCUGUACCUGCUGCCGGGCUUCAGCUGCGUGAAACAAGCUGACAUCAGGGUGACGUGUGAAACUUCUGAUGGCUAAAAAGAAAUGUCUCUCUGGUAAACUGUGGGAGCAUUUCUAGGAGCCUUAACCUAUUUGAAUCCAUUUUUAAUGAAUAUGUAAUUCAUUAGUUUUCUACAGUUUGAUUUUUUUUUUUCAAACUUCUUAAAAAUACACUGUAAAAAUGGAGUAAUGGUAACAUUCUGUGGUCAAAUAAGGGUUCUGCAAUCUCACUCCUGUUAGGUGAGUUUCCUGGCUGUUGCCAGUUAUGGAUCAGCACCAGAAGUUUCUAGUUAACAAGCAAAGACGAGUCAUACAUUGUCCUUUACAUAACUGAUGCUAGCACUCGUAGGUGUUUUAUGGUGGCGAGCACUUCCACACUUGUUACAGUAACAUGCCUCUGGCAUAGAAGUGGUGUUUGGCUGUUGCUGCUCUGAAUGACGGAAGUAAAGCGCCACCAUUGACUGAUUCACUUCACACACAUUUUACUGUAAUAUCGAGUUGUUGGAAAUAGAAAAAGUAGGUCGAGAUAUUUUUAGAGCGGACUAUUUGCCCCGUUAGCUCAACGUUAGCCUCUAGCCGUCUACCUGAUAUUGGAGUCAAACACAAAGAUACUGUGGCUCCUUAAGGGUACAAGUAAUGUCGUUGGGUCGCUCCUGUUACUGGCUUUGGUGCUUUAAACAACUCUGGAGAUUUUUGUCUGUAAGGCCUGCAGUGCAACGCUGGCUCACAGCAGGGUAUCCGCGGGUCCUUAAAAAGUCUUAAAAAGUCUUAAAUUAGCUUUUCCAAAUUUAAGGCCUUGAAAAUCCUUAAAAAUGACAAAUAAUCCUUAAAUCCUGUUUCCAAAGGUCUUAAAUUACCAAAGACCCAAUAAACAAGAUUAUUUUAUUUCUAUAAAAAUUUUCGUGAAUUUCUAGUUAGCGUUCAGCAUUUUUUGUGUACGAUGUUGGCGUAAGCGGAACCGUACACAUUCAGUUGGUUGUGAAAGGGGGCUAUUUUUAGAUGAGCACAUUAGCUGGUUAAGCUAGUGGGAGCUUGCGCCAUGGGGAAGUGCAAAUUUAAUGGUAACUGGAUGGCUAAUCCCACGUUCACGACGUGGUUAGCACCAGCCCCAGGCAAUAGCUGGAAAUUAUAGCUUAAAUUUAAUUUAAAAAAUAGCUUAAAUUUGGUCAAAGAGGCCUUAAAAAGGUCUUAAAAAGUCUUAAAUUUGGCUCCCUUAAACCUGCAGAUACCCUGUCACAGGAGACACAGCAACCUCACACUCACUGAUCAAAGCUAACCACGCCUUUAUUUUGAAAGGAGAAGAACUGAAUCCUCCCGCAGCCGACUCAGAAUGAAAUCUGUUUCAGUACAACCUUCCUUCCAGCGUGAUUGAGACAUUGGACUGUUUCACUGUAGAUUUCUCAUCAUUCUUACACACAGCUCCUUAACUCUUAACUAUUUUUGUGCAUUAAUAUAUAUUUCUGCCAGUGUGGAGUUUGUGUAGGUUAUGAAUUGUCUUAUCAGACAUUAUUUCUAAUAAGCAUUCCACUGUCAUUAAUUCCACAUCCAUUACUCACAAGGUUCCAGUCUGGUAGAAAAUGAAGUGUAAUGCUAAAUCAGAAGUGUAAUGGCCUAUAAUUUAUCAUAGGAGCGGCUGAAAUACACUUUGGUUUCAGCUGCAAUAUAGACUAGCCGUUAGCCCAUCAGUCCUGUCAGAUGUAAACUCAAUUUCUCUAAACAGGGCAGCAGCAGCUCAGGAGAUGGAGCAGGUUGUCCUGUAAUCGGGAGGUUGCAGGUUUGAUCCUGGCUCCCGCCAGAGAAUGCUGCUGUUGUGUCCUUGGGCAAGACACUUAACCCACCCUGCCUGCGGGUGGUGGCUGGAGGGAUCGGUGGCGCCUGUUUUUAGCCGUCUCGCUUCUGUCAGUGUGCCCAGGGUAGCUGUGGCUACAGUGUAGCUCAUCAUCACCAGCGUGUGAAUGACUGAUUGUGUCGUGCACCUUUGGAGGUUGUUGAACCCUAAGAAGGUGCUAUACAAAUACAGGCUGUUGUUCAGGAAGCUUCCUUUUUUUCCUUUUACUCAGAAACGCCUCAGAGGGAAUUAAAAAUGUUAGACUGUACAGCUUUACCACUUUUCUACACCGCCUUACACUUUACAGCGUUGGGUCCUGAGCACAUAUUGAGAUAUCUUUAUUCAAAAACUCAAAUUUUAUUCUUUGUACAAAACUUCUAACAGAAAUGCUAUUUUACUAUCAGCUAAAUAAAUUUUUCCUUAUCUGAAAGCUUUGAUUUAUUCAUUUCUUUGUAUGUACUGGAUACACAACAUUAUUUGGUAUAAGUAACUGUAAAUCGUCUUUUUUUUAUUUGAGUGGAAAUGAUAAAUUGUUGUCUCACAGCUACAGUCCAGCAGAGGCUUAUGUAACAUCCAGAAAUGGUCAGUUUUCACCUACAUAUUGACCUACAUGCCACCGGUCAUCUGCAGACAUGAAUACCAUUCUCUACGGUGGAUUUUACUUUCUAUGUUCCAACAAGCCGAGAAGAUUCUGAAGCUCUGAACACACGAUAACACAUUGUCAACAAACUGUUCCCGUUUCAAGGCCCAAGUUUCCCUUAUCGCUUCUACAGGAUUCCUCAUGCCUCUGAAUACAGUGAACAUGUUCAGCUCAUGUGAGUUAAUUCAUCAUGAAAUGAAAUGUUUUGAUUAAUCUGUACCUAAGUUAAUAAGGUUGACAUGAAUUUUAAUAUUACAAUGAAACAUUUUCAUGUUAUGUUCUGUAAUGUUUGGUUUAACAAGUGAAUCAUUCUCUACACUCAUACAUAAUGUUCAUAAGAUAAACAUUGUUGGUGUGUUC